CCGUGGUCCUCGUGGCGCAACUCUUAUCUGCGCCGGGAAAGGACGAGCCCCGCCAUUAAAAAACCAGCGCAGGACCGCACUCCCGCCACCUCGACGAUCUCCAAUCCCCGUGCUCUGUUCCGGUGCCGGUAACAACAACAACAAACGGCCGCUCUGACCUGAUUCGAUCCAUCUUUGUUUUACCCGCCACCUUCUCCUCGAUCGGCCUCGGUUGUUUUCUUUUUUUCUUGGCGCUGCCGACGGACCGACGGACCUUCGAGUUUACCGCCCCCGCGCUGUCGCGUAAUGGCGUGCGCCACUGGACACUGACCGACCGACCUCCGCACCGCGCCCACAUGGCCCGUCGUGGGGGCAAGGUGAGGUGAGGUGGGCAGUCAGAGCAGAGCAGACCACAGCUGCGUGCGUGCGACACCGCCAGCGCCAGCGGCGACGAGCCAAGAACCACUACGUAGUACGUACUCCUCCCUCCCUUCUUGCUCCUCCUCCUCCUACUCCAUGCUCUGCUGCUGCUGCGGGAGAAGGUGAGGGACUGAGAAGAGCUGGUGUCGGUGGCGUUGGGCGUCGGCGGCGGCCAUGAACUGGAGGAAAGGAGGGGAUGGAGGCGUGUCCAGACGCUGGGCCGUGCUGCUCUGCCUCGGGAGCUUCUGCCUCGGCCUGCUCUUCACCAACAGAAUGUGGACACUGCCUGAGGCAACCGAGAUUGCGCGACCGAAUCAAAACGACGAGGAAGGCAACAAUGUAGCUGCUGGAGAUUGUGGUUCUAAAAAGGUCCAAGAACUACAAAACUACAAAGACGUGUUACAAGUUCAAGAUGCUCAUCAAGAUGUACAGACACUAGAUAAGACAAUAGCGAGCUUAGAGACAGAACUCUCGGCUGCAAGGACCCUGCAAGAAUCCUUGCUCAAUGGUUCCCCCGUUGCAGAAGAGUUCAAAGUUUCUGAGUCGAUCGUGAAGAGAAAGUACCGCAUGGUGAUUGGAAUCAAUACCGCCUUUAGCAGUCGCAAGAGGAGAGACUCCAUACGUUACACCUGGAUGCCUCGAGGUGAACAAAGGAAAAAGCUUGAAGAGGAGAAGGGAAUCAUUAUUCGUUUUGUCAUAGGCCACAGCGCUAUAUCAGGUGGAAUUAUCGAUAGAGCAAUUGAAGCAGAGGACAGAAAACAUGGGGAUUUCAUGAAAAUAGACCAUGUUGAGGGAUACCUUGCACUAUCUGGCAAAACCAAGACAUACUUUUCUACAGCUGUUUCGUUAUGGGAUGCAGAUUUUUAUGUGAAAGUUGACGAUGAUGUGCAUGUAAACAUAGCAACGCUUGGACAUAUUUUGUCCAAACAUGCUUGGAAGCCCAGAGUAUAUAUUGGGUGCAUGAAAUCUGGACCUGUCCUAUCUGAAAAGGGCGUGAGAUACUAUGAGCCUGAGCACUGGAAAUUUGGUGAACCAGGCAAUAAGUAUUUUCGACAUGCUACUGGUCAAUUGUACGCUAUUUCCAAAGAUCUAGCGACCUACAUAUCUAUAAACAAGCAUGUCCUGCACCAGUAUAUAAACGAGGAUGUUUCAUUAGGAUCUUGGUUCCUCGGGUUAGAUGCGGAGCACAUUGAUGAACGGAGACUUUGUUGUGGUACUCCUCCUGAUUGCGAAUGGAAAGCUCAGGCGGGGAACAUCUGCGCCGCAUCUUUCGAUUGGAAAUGCAGCGGCAUAUGCAAUUCUGAAGGGAGGAUCUGGGAGGUGCACAACAAGUGCGCUGAAGGAGACAAGGCCCUGUGGAAUUCCACUUUCUAGCGCAAAUGAAACACCACAGAAGCAAAAGCAGAAGCUUGCCUGUGUGUUAGUUGUAUAUUAGAUUGCCCACGGUGCUGUGUAUGUAAUUCAUCUGUAGGUAGCUAUGAUUUGGUUCUGGGACUGGCUGACACCGAUGAAGCGGACCACAAUUUUACGUAGUGUCUGUCUGCCGGUGGCGGUGAAGGUGACGAAGGCCAGAAGGUAUACGAGCUGUUGAUGCAUUCUUUUCGCAGAUAAAAUGUUUCAGGUGGCCAUUUUGUAUCGAUCUCCUGUACUGUUUGGCCACCGAGAUGGCGAGACGUAUGACCAGAAUAAAACUCCCCCUGAAUGCUGAUACUUCAUUUCAGUGCAUUCUGGACCAGUUGUACUAGUUCUGUUGAGAGUAACAGUUGAGGCUCACUUGAAAUGAAAGAAGAAUUUUUUUUUC